AUGGAGAGCGCGUUUAAAUCUGUUAUCGGAAAGCUGCGCGGUGGCGUUUGGCCGGAAAAGAUGGGGACUACUAAUCCUAAAUUGGAAGCACUGUUCGCGGACAAGAAGCGUGUGAGAAACCCUCUCGUUCCCCUCGGUGCACUUGUCAGUGCAGGAGUGCUCACAGCUGGAUUGAUUAGUUUCCGGCAAGGAAAUUCUAAUUUAGGUCAGAAGCUAAUGAGGGCUCGUGUAGUUGCACAGGGCGCUACGGUGGCAUUGAUGGUUGGGACUGCUUACUACUAUGGGGACAACCUCAAACAUACUUAA